AUGGCUCAUACACCCGUUAUGGCCAAGGAAGUGAUUGAAAAUCUCCAUCCGGAAGAAAAUCAAAUAAUCCUGGAUAUGACUUUUGGUGCUGGUGGGCAUUCACGGCUUAUUUUGCAAUCAGCACCAAAUAUUAAGCUCUUGGCCCUCGAUAGGGAUCCUGUGGCGCAUGAAUUUGCCAGGGAAUUGCAAAAAGAAUUCCCCGGACAGGUUAUUCCCCUUUUGGGACGUUUCUCAGAGCUUCCUCAACUCCUCCAGGAGCACGGGGUGCAGCAGAACUCCAUUGAUGGUAUGCUCUUUGACUUUGGAUGCUCCUCUAUGCAAUUUGACGUGGCUGAAAGGGGAUUCUCCGUGUCCAAGAAUGCUCCACUUGAUAUGCGAAUGGACGGUGAGAGAUUCCCAAAUAUGCCCACAGCUGCGGAUAUCCUUGCCAGGGCCAAUGAAACAGAUCUCUAUAAAAUCUUCAAGAUUUACGGCGAGGAAAAGUACUCCCGGAAGAUCGCCAGAGCCAUCAUUCAAGCGAGGUAUGGUGUGAAGAAAAUUGAGACAACGAAGGAACUCGUGGACGUUGUGGGAGCUUGCUGUGAUGAAGAGUACCGCAUGGAUGCCCUUCAGCGUCCAACGAGUGUUGCCACGAAGAUUUUCCAAGCUCUCCGGAUCUUUGUCAACAAUGAACUCAAUGAGAUCAACUACGGCAUGAUCCUGGCGGGGAGAUUCGUUAAAGCCGGCGGACGCCUCGUUACCCUGACCUUCCACUCGUUGGAGGAUAAAAUCGUGAAGAGACACAUCAUGGGCAAUGUCACAGAGAACCUCGCCAAUCCCCUGCCACUGAAGUACAUGAGUCACACGCUGAUCUACGACCGAGAAACAGUAGACACGCUCAGUGAUACCGGCUGGCUAUCCCUGCACAAGCACGUCCUCACACCAAACGAGCAGGAAAUUGAGGAUAAUCCCCGAUCGCGUUCAGCAAAACUUCGAGCUGCUCAGAGAACUGACAAAUUGUAG